AUUGGACGAGAUUGUGGUGAUUGCGCACAGUUUCGAAGUGGUACAUUAACAUUAACAGUUUAUGGGAAUGCAAAAUGUGAAGCAAAAUCAAUUUGGACAGGUGGUUCGGUUACGGUAACGGUAGGACAUGAUUUAGUUAUUGAAGGACAAGUAAAACAUGUAAAUUUGGAUGUAUCAUGUGGAGGUAAUAUGGCAACAACUGAAGAAGCAAUUAUUAGCCAAGAACAAUGGGCUAGAAUAGUUUCUUCCUCAUUUUGUGUUGGCGGAAUUUGGUCAGUGGGUGAACAAUUUGGUUUAGAUGUUGAAUCGGCUACAUUUUUGGAAGAAUCAUACAUGGAAGUGGAUUAUUUUGAG